AUGAACGGCAAGAAGGGCAGUAUGGAGAUUAGCAUUCCCUGUGCUACCACGAAGGUGAUGAAACAGCACGAUAUCGAAGCUAAUGGUGAUCAGAAAUCGGGAAAGAAGGGAGGAGGAGGAGAAAGCUUCUCCUUUAGAGCUUGGAUGUGGAGAGUCUGGGAGUUUACCAAAGAAGAUAGCAACCGAGUCAAGUUUGCAUUCAAAGUUGGCCUGGCUGUGCUUCUUGUGUCUCUGCUUAUACUUUUUCGAGCACCUUAUGAAGUUUUUGGCACCAAUAUCAUUUGGUCUAUCCUCACUGUUGCCAUCAUGUUCGAGUACACAGUUGGUGCAACAUUUAACAGAGGAUUCAACAGAGCUCUUGGAAGUUUGCUUGCUGGAGUCCUGGCCAUUAGUGUUGCUCAAGUGGCACUAAGAUCUGGCCGCGUCGCUGAACCUAUCAUCAUUGGCAUUAGCAUCUUCAUCGUCGGAGCUGUAACAUCGUUUAUGAAACUGUGGCCAUCACUUGUGCCUUAUGAGUAUGGAUUCCGAGUCAUCCUUUUCACUUACUGUUUGAUAGUAGUAUCCGGGUAUCGGAUGUCAAUGGGAAAUCCCAUGAGGACGGCCAUGGAUCGACUCUACUCCAUAGCUAUCGGAGGGUUUGUAGCAGUGUUUGUGAAUGUCCUUGUUUUCCCUAUAUGGGCUGGGGAGCUGUUACAUAAGGAGCUGGUGAACAACUUUAACUCAGUGGCUGACUCACUUGAAGAAUGUGUUAGAAAGUAUCUAGCAGAUGAUGGGACAGAACACCCUGAAUUCUCCAAAACUGUCAUGGAUGAGUUUCCGGACGAGCCUGCUUAUAGGAAAUGUCGAAGCACAUUGAACUCAUCCGCAAAGCUCGAAUCCUUGGCUGUGUCUGCAAAAUGGGAGCCACCACAUGGAAGGUUCAGACACUUCUUCUAUCCUUGGUCAGAAUAUGUUAAAGUUGCAGCCGUUCUAAGAUAUUGUGCUUAUGAGGUUAUGGCCCUCCAUGGAGUUCUGCACUCUGAAAUUCAGGCGCCUUACAAUCUCCGGAUCACAUUCCAGUCGGAGAUCAAAGAAGCCUCAAGCCAAGCAGCAGAACUAGUAAGAAGUUUAGGCCAGGACAUCAGCAACAUGAAAAGGACCACAAUGACAUCUCUACUCAAAAGGGUUCACAGCUCCACAGAGAAACUCCAGCGUGCCAUUGACAUACACUCUUAUCUCCUCACCUCAAGUUUUGACCCCCCGGACAGCAACAACAUCUCUAAGCCACUUCCCAAGCUCACUCAAACCUUAUCAAGCACUUUCUCGGACCUCCAAAACCAAUUACAAGCGGUUCAACUUGAUAGAACCACUAGCCUGGAAAAGAACCAAAGCACACAGCAGCAGACAGCAGAGCCUUACCAUGAGCUAAUGAGGAAGCAGUCAAGAAGGCUUCACUAUUCAUGGCCGCCAAGACAGGUUGAUGCUUUUGAGGAUGAUGGUUCUGCCGGUUCGGACUUCUUGCCUAGGAUGAAGGCAUUUGAGAGCACUGCAGCAUUGUCACUGGCUACCUUCACUUCCUUGCUUAUUGAGUUUGUUGCGAGGCUUGAUCACUUGGUUGAAGCAGUUGAUGAGCUUUCUAAAAUGGCCAAAUUCUAA